AUGGUCUUCCUUCUGCCAAGUGCCGUCUUCUCUGGUAUCGUUUUGGUUAUCCUGAAAGUAAUGAGCAUCUCUGCUCGCCCAGUUUCAGAGAACUCAUUGAAUCCUACGAAUGCGCGACGUUACUCUGAACAUGUCCCCCCGAUGGGCUCUGAUACAUUCAAUCCUGGAACUCUCUCUCAUCCCGCCACCGUCGCGGUCGAUCCAUUAGAAGCAAUAUUGGAUGAAUCGGGGCUCGGGGCACUUGAUGGCCAUGAUGAAAGUUCCAGUAAUACCGACGAGGGAGAAGGGCCACUAGAUGAAAUUGCCCACCUGAAGCCGAGAACAGAGGGAGAAGUCAGCAGCUUUCAGGGAGAAGCUGCGCACUUUGCACGGAUGAGCCUGGGUCUCUCAGCCCCCUCCGACAUCUUGAUCCGGGCCGCAUACCGGGUCCCAUAA